AUGGCGGCCAUCAAGAUUCUGACUGUGGAAAACUCCCAAGAGAGCUUCAAGCGCGCCGUGUACCCUGUAUGCCUGCUGACUGUGGAAAACUCUCAAGAGAGCUUCAAGCGCGCCGUGUACCCGGUAUGCCUGCUGGUGAGCGCUGGCUUCUUACUACUGACGCUGCUGGCGUACUGUGUGGUCAAGGAGCUGAGGGCGGACCAGCUCUCCAAGUGUUUCAUGUGUAGCGUCGGUAUGCUGGCAUGCGCACAGAUCAUCAUGGUCGCCGGCAUGUGGGGCAGAGAUGAUCUCAUGGAGUCAACGAUGUGCGUCAUAAUAGCUUCGUUGUCGCACUUUAGUUUCUUGUCUGCUUUCUUGUGGCUGAACGUCAUCUGCAUCAUGAUCUUCUCCUCCCUGUGGUGGUCAGGUCUCAUGAGCUCCAACAAGAUGCAGGUAGUAAGGCUGCGAUGGAAGUGUCUGUGGUCAGGUCUCAUGAGCUCCAACAAGAUGCAGGUAGUAAGGCUGCGAUGGAAGUGUCUGUACAGCUUCGGCGUGGCAGGCUUCAUCGCUGGGCUGGCGCUGCUGCGACACGCCUUACCUACCAUGCAAGGAUCCGUUCUUCCCGCCCCGCACUUCGGCGCUGUUUCCUGCUGGAUCUUCUUCGAUUUCGUGAACAUCAUGCAGGGAGUUCUGAUAUUCGUGGUGUUCGUGUGCCGGCCGAGCGUCUUGCGUCUGUUGACGCGGGCUCUAUGCGGCGCUCAAUGCUCCAGCCGCUGCUUCGCUCCCGUCGAAGAAAAAGAUCGGAACGACACCGAGGUUGCCCCCUGCAAUACUGUUGUCUGAAUAAACUUUUGCAUUCUUGA